AUGAGCUUGUCUUUCUGCUCGCUGAUGACUGGCUGCAAGUUCUGGAGGUCGUCAAAGCUCAAGGAUUCGGCGCCGAAGCAAGUGGAAGGACCUGCUAAGGAUGACAGUACCAUGGAGCAGAAUGGCACUGCUCCCAAAGUGGACGAUCUGGCUACUGUGACAGCAUCUCUACCUGUUCGCUCCUCCAGAGGUCUUCCCGACAAAGUCUACACUGCAGAGCAGGAGGCAGCUGCAGGAAAGAUUGGAGCAGCCAUCAGAGGCAGUGCCACACGCUGGCAGGUCAAGGAAGACUACCACGAAACUCGUUUUCGAGCAGAGGGCUCUCCCUUCGAACCAGACGAGUUGGGCUUUUCCAAAUACGCACAGAAAAACGCUUCAAUGCCAGUGGUCUCAGACCAUCUUCGCUUCAAGGUCAGGGACCUCACGAAGCAACGCGUCAUGCAGCAGCUUUCUCAGGAGGUGCAGAGCUCAUGGACCAGCUUCGAGUUCAUGGCUGCGAAAAUCUUGGAGAAGGUUGCGACUUCAGGAGCAAAGGAUCUGCCGCCUGGCCCCAGAAAGCAGAUGGCAUCUGUCCACCUCUUUCAGGGCGAGAUGACAACUAAGCCCAAACAGGCAGAAGCUGAAGGUUUUCUGGCGAGGCGACAGGACACGUAUCUACUUGUGAAGUUCCAAGUCGUUGCAGUUCCGGCGGUUGCAGACUAUGAUGCUGGCUUCAACUCUCUCCAGGCAAGCUCGCAGUCUUUCGACUGUGAUGGUCCUGAGGGCUUCAAUGGCUGGUUCUGGGUCUUGCACACUGCGGCCCCAAACAUAGGGGAGAGCGCUCAAGCGGAAGACUUUUUGGCCUACUCUGUUGAAGAGGUUUACGAUGUUUGCUCAGAAUGGAGUGCUGCAACAAAAGAGGCUGAUGAUUUGUUCCAGGACGGAGUCAACGAACUCAGCAGCAUCAACAAGUUCCAGGCACCGAUUUUGAAGAAGCAAACCUCCACAUUCUUCACUUUCAACGUUUUGCAACUGUCAGCUGCCUUCAACUUUGCUCUCCGCCUGUCUUCACAGUCUCGAAGGUGCUGCUGGAAAGAUCGCCCACUUCGUCCGUCUCGCCGUUUGAACGAAGACCUCUACAUCGGGGACAUAGCUCGUUUGUGGAGGAACGCGCUCAAAGCCGUGCAGUACUUGGAGGCCAUUUCUGGCAUAAAAGAUGCAAGCCCUCUUUUUAUGCCUGCAGAAUCCACAGGCAUGGGUGCUUUUCUUCGUCAUUUGAAUCUGAAUGACGACCGGUAUGAGGCCCCUGAUUUGUUUGCGGACGAGCUGAUGAAUGCCAUUGCGGACAUUUGCAUCCCUUUGCUGCAACCUCGGCUUUCCUUUGAGAGCUUGGUCUGUGUGAAUCCGGAGAGUAUCGACAAUCACAACUGUUUCGUUGAGGCAGCAGCAGCCAAAGUUCAAAGCUGUCCUGAGCUCAAGAAGAUUUUACAGCUGCGACGGAACGUGGACUCCUUGCAGCUCGCUCAUGAGCUGGGUCAUAACACACAGCCGCUCAAGGUGGCAUUGCUCAAUGGAGCAAAUCGAAAGCUUUGCGGAAAUCAUUGGUUCCAGAGCGGAGCCAGGUAUGCAAUUGAUGAGAACCUGCAUCGUCGCUCAGCCUCAUUGUCCAGAGCAUCAUUGCUGGUAAACUUCGACACCGAACCCAGGCCCCGAAAAGCCGCGCAGUUAGAAGAGACGGUGAGGUUCUUUGGAGGAUCUGUUGUCGACUUGACCAAGGACAAGAAGGACAAACAGAAAGCAGCGGAUGCAAAACAUGUGCAGAUUCAGGACACUGCUGCAACACGAGCACCACUAGAGGCUAGUGCCCCGCAGGCAAAGCCCAAGAAGUCCUUCUGCUUUUGUUGCAGUGCCAGAGACAGUCUCGCCCGGGUCGCAUUGGCUACACUGGCCUGCUGUCUAGCAACUCUUAGGACAGAAUCCUUCGUCCCCAGCUUUGGCCACCUUUUGGGCCCCAAGGACCGAGGGCUUUCCCCACCAGCCAGGGAGCAGUCUUCGCUGUCCGAUGCCACGGGACGACGUAGAAUGUCUGCUGCGGCUGUGCUGGCUGCAGCCACCAUUUGGGCAGGAAGCAAGUCGGCAAGUGCCAUGAAGGUUGUACAAGUGCUGCCUCCUGUCCCACCAAAGCCAAGCAAGAAUCCCUUCAUUUACAACUUGCAGGUGGCAGCCUGGAAGAAGGAACCAUAUGCCAGGAUGAGGCUUUACCUCCAGGCGGUUACCCAGCGCUUCAUUCAAGACAUGGAGACGAGCGCUUUCGGCGGCAAGAGCUUCAUCCACUGGACGACAGAUGAGAAAAGUGAGGAGUUCUUCAAGUUUGAUGUGGUGGACAGAAAUGCCUACAAUGAGGCAGCUAGAUCUGGAAAGAUUCUCAUUGACAGCGACAUGACUCUGGUCGACAAUGGGAUUGAGGUGUAUGUCUACAAGGAUGAACAGGCCAAAGAGGACCUGGCCAAGCAGAUCAUCAUCGAGGACUUAGUCAUCAUUCCUACGGAAUUGCAGAAGGCCAUUAGAGUUAUUCAGGACACUCCGUUUCCUGAGUUUGUGGGUGGUAAGGAGACCUAUGAAGGAAUCCGCAUCACCCUUGAUUAA